AAAAUGAAGAUACUGAAAAGAAUUAUACUAAAGAAAAUAAAGAUACUAAAGAAAAUAAAGAUACUGAAGGGAAUGAAAACACUAAAGAGAAUAAAGACACCAAAGAGAAUAAAGACACCAAAAGGAAC